UAUAUUUUUAUUUCCUAAAUUUAGCAGUCUAAAAUCAUUUUAACAGAGUUCCUAUCUGCAAAUCUCCUACAGAAACUCAUCUCAACCAGUGCGAACACUCGAAAAGAUAUGUCUGUUGUAAAUCAACAAUUUCUCAAUCCCAUAUGGAAUCCCUGUGUUUCUUCAUGUCCAUUGUUAGCUGCCCAGUUUCUUGUAAUGCCAAUGAGUAACAGAGAACUUUCUCUUGUUUCUACCAUUCCUGCUGCAAAGUCUACGAAUUCUGGAGAUUUAAGUUCUGGUUUUGGCGAAAGAAAUGAUGGUUAUGCUGAAAUUAGCAGUGGGAAAGCAACCAAAGGGUCAGGCACCACGGCGAGAGGAAGGAGGUUGUUGAAGGUCAGGGAGGAGAAGAGGAAACGGGAAUACGAACGUCUUCACAAUUACCCAGCUUGGGCAAAAGUGUUGGAAGAUGCUUGUAAACAUGAUACAGAGCUUCGUGCUGUGCUUGGUGAUAGCAUUGGCAAUCCAGAGCUUAUGAGGAAAAAGGUCGAACAGAGGGUUCGAACAAAGGGCCGGAAUUUUCAGAAGUCUAAAACAGGAUCAGUGCUUGCAUUCAAAGUCAGCUUUAGAGAUUUUAAUCCUCUUGAUUCAUACAUAUGGUUUGAACUCUAUGGCUCACCAUCUGAUCGAGACGUUAACAUUUUCGGUAGUGUUAUCCAGGCAUGGUACGUCAUGGGCCGUUUAGGUGCAUUUAACUCAUCUAAUCUGCAGCUGGGGGGCUCAUCAAUGGAAUUCGAUCCUCUUUAUGAUGCAGAGAAAGGUUUCAAUGUGAUGCCUUCAUCAUUCCAUGACAUAAGUAAUGUUGAAUUCCAGGACAAUUGGUCAAGAGUUUGGGUGGAUCUUGGCACAGCUGAUUUCUUCUCAAUCGACGUUCUUCUCAAUUGCUUGACUGUACUGAGCUCGGAAUAUAUAGGCAUUCAACAAGUUGUUUUUGGUGGUCAUCGGAUGGGUGAUUGGGAAGAGGGAAUGACCAACUCUGAUGACGGAUACAAAUACUUUGAAAUUUGACUGAGGUGGAAAAGGAACGAAAACGAAAAUCAGCUGGCACAACAUGCCAUGGAUGGUCUUAUCAUGCACCUGCAGGCUGCAGUACCCAAGUUUUUCAAAUCGAAAAGAGAUGAAGCUUUGUAGUAUUAUCACCAACGGAUACGAUGAAUUUUGAUCAGGAGUGUUAGUUACUGUAAUUAUGAUAGUAGUGACUAGUGAGCUUGUAUGGUAGAAGAAAUGAUUAAUGUGUAGAGCUUAUGGUAGGAUCUUGUAAUAGUUUUCAGAAUAAUCUUGUAAUUAUUAUUACAUGUAGCACUUUCUUGUAUUUCUAACAAGUUGUUUAAUAAU